AUGAUUUUGGGGGAGAAAACCAAAAGAGCCUGAAAAGCAAGAAAAGCAAAGCUAUGGGCGGUUUGACACUUUUAGGCUGUAAGUUGAGACCACUCAAUCACAUACACAAUACAUAUGACAUGGGACCUUUCAUUGUAUUGAAUUUCUAUUACUAUUUGUAGAUUAAAACGCUAACACGACCAAUUUCUUUUCUUUUUUUCCAAGAUUGGCUUGAUCAAAGUUCUCUCUCUCUCUUUUCUUUCUUUCCUCCAAUUUUUCUUGGUGGGUUUUUAGAGAUCUCAACUGGAGUCAAUUUUCUUCUUUUAAUUAUUUAAAUCUGAAUGGGUUCAUCGGAUCGAUUGUUUAACAGGCAAAGAACUGUUCAUGAGAUCUUCGGAGGAGGUUUUGUUGCAGAUGUUGUACUGUGGAGGCAAAAGAAUUUUACAGUUGGGGUAUUGUUAGUAGCUCUAGCUUCUUGGGUGGUGUUUGAGAGAUCGGGUUAUACUUUGUUAUCACUUGUUUCGAGCGUUCUUUUCCUCCUUGUUGUUAUUCUCUUUCUCUGGGCAAAAUCUGCUGCCAUUCUUAACAGACCUGCUCCGCCUUUACCAGAGUUGCAUCUUUCAGAAGAAACAGUAAAUGAAAUUGCAGCUUUCGUUCGAACUCGCUUGAAUGAUUUUCUCUCAGUUUCCCAGGACAUUGCCCUGGGUAAGGACACAAAUUUGUUCUUAAAAGUAGCUGGGUACCUUUUGCUGAUAUCCAUUGUUGGUGGCUUAGCGGAUUUCCUUACUUUGGGUUACACCAGUCUUUUUAUUAUGCUUACCAUUCCAGCACUCUAUGAGAAACAUGAAGAUUGUAUAGAUGACUAUGUGAAAAUGGUGUGCGAGAAAACACAGCAGCUGUAUGCGACGUUUGAUGUGGAGUGUAUUGGCAGAAUCCGGAAAUGGAUUUUGGAGAAGCAGAAGCUGAGCUGAAUUAAUUCUUGUAUCUCAUUUAUAUCAGAGAAUGAGUGGAUGUGUUUUCUUUAAAAGGUAAUGAGGCAUUGAGUUCUUUUCGGCUUUGCGACUGGGAAAUGGAUUGCUCUUUUUGUUUUUCUUUGCUUCUCUUUGCCUGUUCAAAACAAUUUCUUCCAUUUUUGUAUCUUCAUUUCCUCAUCAUAGUUUCUUUUGGCAUAAUAGUAGAGAAAUGUAUAGUUGUUGCCAUCGAGCUUCCAAAUAUAAAUGAAGAUUUUGGGGAAA